CGAGCAACCAAAAAGCAAUGUAAAAUCGGUCACUAAUUCAAAGUUUUGCUGCUUGUGAAAAUUCUCCGCCAAAUCCACCACGCACAAGCCUACAAAAACAAAGCAUUCCUUCCCUCCAAACUCAUCGGCGACGAGAUCUAACACACAAGGGCAAAAAUGGAGGUCAGAGCCAGAGCACCCGGAAAAAUCAUACUCGCCGGAGAACACGCCGUGGUUCAUGGAUCCACCGCCGUAGCCGCCGCGAUCGAUCUCUAUACCUACGUCUCUCUUCGCUUCCCCACUCCAUCUGAUAAUGAUGAUGCAAUAAAGCUUCAUCUCAAGGAUCUGGCCUUAGAACUUUCCUGGCCAGUUGGGAAAAUCAUGGAAGUUCUGCCCGAUCUAGGCAGCCGUGUUGCGUCCUCUCCCUGUUCAUGUUCCCUAGAGACGUCAAAAGCAAUUGCUUCUCUACUUGAAGAUCAAAAUAUUCCCGAGGCCAAUAUUGGAAUCGCAUCUGGCGUUUCAGCUUUUCUUUGGCUGUACACGUCCAUUCAUGGCAAUAAGCCAGCUAAAAUUGUUGUGACCUCGGAGCUGCCAUUAGGCGCGGGUUUGGGUUCGUCUGCCGCCUUUUGUGUCGCACUUUCUGCCGCACUCCUUGCCCUAUCUGAUUCUGCAAAAUUGGAUUUUAGCCAUCAAGGUUGGCAGAUGUUUGGAGAAAGUGAGUUGGAGCUCGUGAAUAAAUGGGCUUUUGAAGGUGAAAAGAUCAUCCAUGGGAAGCCAUCUGGGAUAGACAAUACAGUCAGUACCUAUGGUAACAUGAUAAAAUUCAGAUCUGGUGAACUCACGCGCAUCAAGACAAAUAUGCCCCUUAAAAUGCUCAUAACUAAUACGAAAGUCGGAAGAAAUACAAAAUCAUUGGUAGCCAGCGUGUCCGAAAGGACACUGAGGCAUUCAACUGCAAUGGCUUCUGUGUUUAAUGCUGUUGACUCCAUAAGCAAUGAGUUAGCUGCCAUAAUCCAAUCACCAGUUUCUGAUGAUCUUGCAAUCACAGAAAAAGAGGAAAAAAUUGGAGAACUAAUGGCGAUGAAUCAAGGGCUACUGCAGUGCAUGGGGGUCAGCCAUGCAUCAAUCGAGACUGUGAUUAGAACUACGCUAAAAUAUAAACUAUCUACUAAACUCACAGGAGCUGGUGGAGGAGGCUGCGUUUUGACGCUACUUCCAACCUUAUUAUCAGGAACGGUUGUCGAUAAAGUUACUGCUGAUCUGGAUUCGUGUGGGUUCCACUGUUUGAUUGCGGGAAUUGGUGGAAGAGGCAUGGAGAUUAGUUUCAGUGGUUUUUCCUAACAUGUGGCUCGAAAGUGGCAUUCUAAGCGUAAGAUCUGGACCAAGUACCUUCAAAACUUAUUUUGCAGAUGUAAAAGAUCCUUUACCCCAACUUUUUAAUGCGUGUACGAUUAUUUUUCACGAUAUGUUAGUUGAAAGCAACACUUUUAUAAGACUUCUCUGCCAUCGAGCCUUUUUUUUUCUGCAUCAGCUUAAAAAAGAUUGAAUAAUAAUAAUUUCAUCGUUCUUCCAAUUGUGCAUUGUGGAGUUGAAGUAGCCAUCCCAAGUUAUAAUCCUUACUCCUUAGUGCAGGUUAUUAAUUUGGUUUUGGUUAUGUGGUUCUUGUUGCCGUACGGUUUAGUUAUGAUUCACAUAGCUUCUGGUUGAGAUGAUAAUCCUAUCUGCCCAUUUUCUAGUCUUUACAGUGUAAAUCUAGUGAUUUACCAUUGCGUGACAAACAAUUGUUUUUCGAUGAACUUGUUCUAUUU